AUGGCGGAAGAGAAGGAUUCCACGUCGAUUCCGCUUAGCGCAGCGGGAGGAGUGGACGGCGGCAUAGAUCCUGAGGACCCGGCGAAAUCCCCACCGACCACCCCCAUCUCGACCCGCAGGGUGCGUGCGCCGUCCUUCUCCUCACCCUGCGUUUCUUUGGCCUCUGCUUCUUUUCCGGAGGGAAUAACUGUGAUUUCGCGAUUCAGUUGCCAACCCUAGUCGAGUUUUGUCCAUUCUAACAGUUGUUUUCAGACGCACGAAUGUUGUCUAUUGACUUGUGAGAUGCGCCGAUCUCUCAUUUUUCUUGGUUUGCGUUUCACUUACCUGUGCUGCAUCUGUGGACUAUCCGGAGUGUGAAUGGAUAACGCCAAAUGGGAUGGGUUCCUCCAAAUUUGGAGAAACGUUUAUUUUAGAUCCAGAUCUUAUGUUUAUUUUGGGCAUUACAUUGUUUCGAUGAUUCAAUAAGCCUUCCUCGUCGGCGUUGACCGUUUAGAAUCGAGUAUUUUGCCUCCUUUAUUAUUUUCAGAAAAAUUCGUACUGUGGAAGAAGCGUAGAACCCUGCGGGUAUUUGGGGUUGACCUUUUAAGUUGGCGAAGAAUAAUACGGGGAAUGGAGGUGUUAUGAUAGCUGGAUGAUUGGUGAUAGAAGUAAUGAAUCGUCCCGGUUAGUGCAGCACUGUAAGAAAUGGAGGUCUAAGUCUUUUAAUUCUUUACCAAGGCCUUUUCUUGUAAUGAAAUGUGGGGAAUCCCUGAAGUUAGCAAAAGCACAAGGAAAGAGCGAACUCGAUUAGACCGCUGAAUUUCUCCAACUUAAAGUGUUGACUAAUUUAAAAAGACUUCCACGUGGUUGACCGCUAAAGAUCCGUGUUUUCUGUAACCUCAAUGUCCACGAUGAUAUAGGAGAAGGUACAGGGUUCUAAGUAUCAGUCCACUGUUGUCUCCGAGCCCUGCUUAGAGUGGUUCGCCUUGUACUGCUGGACAAACAACAAAUUUUUAGAACAAGUUACCAACGAAAGAAUAUGAGCCCCAGAUUCUUCCAGAGUUAAGCCGGUAUAAAGUCUGUGAUCGAGCUUCACGAUAAGAAGCAAUUUUUUUUUUUUUAUCUUUUGAUGUUAAAGGAGUUCAUGCUUCUGAUCCAUAUUAAUUGCUUAUUAUCAUUCUCUCUCUCUCUCUCUCUCCCUCUCUCGCCUACAUACACAAACACCUCUCAUGCUCUAACAGACCAUGCGUGUAUUUUUUUUUAAAACCUUUCUGUCAUUGUUCCAUCUCUCUGAAAAUAGUAGUCUCGUCUCUUAUUGAAUCUAACUCUUGAAUAUGAUGUUUUUUUUAUUUUCUGGUCUUGAAAUGUUUGACGCUUGAAGCCGUUCUUGUCAGAGUAUAUCAUACUCCGUUUUUCAAACAUAUGCUUGGUUUCACCUGUUAACAUUGAAUUGAUCCUUCAUAACUAUAUUAGCAUGGGGCUUCUCACAUUCGUGCUUACAAGUGUGGGCAUAUGCUUGAGCAUAGAUGCAUUCACAGAGACACACAGUUUACUUGUUCAUUAUUCCAAAAAUUUAUUUCAUGAGGGCAAAUAUUAAACACUUGAACUAUUUCCAGGCUUGCUGUGCUGUUCUCCAAAGCUGGGUUUCAAAGAAGUUCAUGACCGGAUGGUGAGAUGCAGCUUUUAUUUGCCAUGAAACGUGCUCUUUAAUCUUUUUCAGGUCACUGAAUUUUAAGAUCUAACCGCGUUGCAAUUUUCAAUGCUGCAGCGUCGUUCUUUUUCCUGUUGCUGUUACUUUUUUUGUUACAUGGUGGUUUAUUCGGUUCGUUGAUGGUUUCUUCAGUCCGUUGUAUGCCCAGCUGGGUAUAAACGUAUUUGGUAAGCCAUUCUACAAAGGCAUAUCUAGUCUGAUAUUUUAUUGACAUAAUGAUUUCUUAGGUUACACUAAGCAUGCCGCUAUUCCCCAAAGAUGUGUAGUUAUUGGCUGAUCUGGCUAUGUUUCGUAAAACUUAUGGGCUAAAUCCAAAUGAAUAAGAGAAGUCAUGGGCUAAAACAAUAUUGGGGAAACUUUAACCUGAUUUUCCAGCUCCUGAGUAUAAUUCCAUUUUUCUCCAUGCUAUAGUUCAGUAACUUGUUUAUCUAUUUGAACACAUUAUUUUAAAAUAAUGCCAUUCAUCUUCAUCAAACUUUAUGCAAAGCCUUUUUAUCCAUUUUUGUUAACCAUCUGGUUAUCUUUUCCAUAAAUGAGCAACCUUAAUGGCAUUUUCCUACUGUUUCUUUUUUCUUUGGUCAUUUUGGAUAUCAAACCUGGACAUACUGUUCUUAGAAGAAAUUGAUGCCUUGGUAACUAGGGGAUAAGCAUACCCCCAGGCAGGUCUGGAUGGGCAGGAGUAUGAGUUGACCAUACAUAGAGUUUGGUUACUGUCGGUUGACUGGUAUGAUCAUUUUAUUCAUUACCGUGGAAUCCUUUAAGCAUCCUGAAACCUUUGUCCACGACUUUUCAAAUGAUUAGAUAUUUAAAAGUAUGAUUCUCCCUCUGGAUUGGAUCUAUUCUCAUUUCAUAUUUAAUAUAUUCAUGAUUUAGAAUUGAAGAACAGAUAUGCAGUACCCACUAUUCAGUUGCGCCGAUGGAUUUCAAGCAUUUCCUAUUAAAUGGGAAGAGCGUCAUAGUUGUUCUUCCCAUUUCCUACAUUAUGUCAUUUAUUUGUAUUUUGAUUAGUUGACUUUAGUCCUGACCAUUCUCCCAUCCACAAAAUAUUUCAGGUCUUGGAUUCUUGACGUCGCUAUUGUUCAUCUUCUUCGUCGGCAUAUUCGUUUCAUCCUGGGUUGGCGCCACUGUUAUCUGGCUGGGAGAGUGGUUCAUAAAACGGAUGCCUUUCGUUAGGCACAUUUACUCGGCAUCGAAGCAGAUCAGCACCGCUAUUUCUCCCGGUAUCAUAGCUUUGACUCGCACAUUAAUGGGCAUAUGAUCGUGUCUGGGUUGACUUGCACAUUAAUGACAUUAAUGGUUUUUCUUCGUACUCGCCCUCUCUUUCCGCAGAGCAAAACACCACUGCGUUCAAAGAGGUGGCCAUAAUUCGCCAUCCCCGAGCUGGUGAAUACGCGUUCGGGUUCAUCACAUCCUCGGUUAUCCUUCAGGUACGUAAAAGGAUGGGUGCUGCUCAGAGUCUGACAGGUUUUGUAUAAAGUCAACGCUCGAGAACGCCGUAGAUUCCAGGAACCGAUUUAGAUUGUGGAAGAACAGCAGCUGGAUCUUGUUUUCGUGUUCAGUUUUCCAGCCCCCUCCUCCCCUUGGAGAUGUGAACCAGUUGCUUCGUUUGCAGACCGAUAAGGGCGACGAGGAGCUGUGCAGCGUCUACGUCCCCACGAAUCACGUCUACAUCGGGGACAUAUUCCUGGUCAACUCCGCUGAGAUCAUCCGCCCAAAUCUCUCCAUCCGCGAAGGCAUAGGUCUGCUCCUCUCUCUCUCUCUCUCUAUCUAUCUCAUUGGGUCUCCCUCUUUCGUGCUGGAUCUUCAGAACUUUUCCAAAAAAGGAAAGAAAGGAAAACCGGUCAACCCUUGGGGCUAGAGGCCCAAAUUAAUGAAGUGAUUAAGUAAUUGAUUAUUGAUUUAAUUAUGUAAUUAUUUAUUUAGUGGAGUGACGAUUUUGCAUAUGGGACGCAGAGAUCAUCGUCUCGGGAGGGAUGACGAUGCCGCAGCUGAUCGCUCCCGUGGAGGGGAUGGCGGUGCCCAGGCAGCAGAGCGUCCGGUUGAAGAUGAUGUCGUCAUGA